GCUGCUUGGAUUGUUUCAUUCUGUAAAAGGGGUUCUAAGUUGCUGGAGAGAAAUGGCAACUUUCAAUGAAAAAAAGACUUGCAGCCAACGCAUGGAAAACUUUGGACGUUUUGUGUGGAAUCCAGAUACUUCGGAGUUUAUGGGAAGAACAUUUGCCAAGUGGGUGUACAUCAGUCUUUACUAUGCCGCAUUCUACGUUAUUAUGGUUGGAAUCUUUGCACUGUCUAUAUAUUCCCUGAUGCAAACUCUGAGCCCGUAUGUUCCAGAUUAUCAGGAUGAACUGAAAUCGCCAGGUGUGACAUUGAGACCAGAUCCAUAUGGAGAUGAAGUAAUUGAACUCUUUUACAACAUGGCUGACAACAAAACAUACCUCCCACUUGUAACCAGUCUGUGUGAGUUUCUCCCGGUGUACAACAAAUCAGUUCAAGAAAAGAUGAACGCAAACUGCUCUGACCAUACAAGAAUCUCUUGUGCUCAUCAGAAUGAGAAUACGAAGUCCUGCCAGUUUACUACAGAUAUGCUGGGAAAUUGCUCUUGGGAACAUGAUCACACAUUUGGCUACAAAUCUGGAAAACCUUGUCUUUUUAUAAAGAUGAACAGGAUAAUAAAUUUUGUUCCAGGCAACAAGACUGCUCCUCUUGUGAACUGUUCAGCUGAGAAUGGAGAACUUGGCGAUGUACAGUAUUAUCCAGGCAAUGACACAUAUGGGACUAUUGGUCUUCAGUACUUCCCAUAUUGUGGAAAGAAAAUGCAGCCAAAUUACACCAAUCCUUUGGUAGCGGUGAAAUUACUUAAUCCGACACUGAACAAAGAACUGAGUGUAGUCUGUAAAGUUUCUGGACAUGGCAUCACCUCGGACAACCCACAUGAUCCCUAUGAAGGAAAAGUAUCAUUCAAACUUAAGAUAGAAAAUAAACCUCUUUCAUCUAGUGCAAAUUAAGCCAUUGUAAGAACUACCUGGGAUUCGCAAUAUCCUAUGAAAAAACAAGCAGUGCUUCAGUCCUACUAACUUGAAGAAAACCAUGGACCCAUCAUAUCACAUAAUUUACCAUGUUAAUAGUCUCAGGAGGGGGCAACCAGUAUAUGAAUUUACUUGCAAGCAUAUAUAUUAUGAUUUUGACAUAUGAAUAUCAGAUCUCAAAUACAAAUAAAGGUAAAGUAAUGUCAUAUUAAAAUAUAUAAAUAAAUGCAAUACUCCGGUUUUACGCUGCUUCUCCUGAUGGGCUAUUCUGUCAUUCAAAAGUUCUAAACCAAUGUACAUUC